AUGGCAACAGAAAUGCAAACUCAAAUGUUGACUCGUUCACUCUUUGAGCGCUUCCAGAAUUCAGUGUGUGGGCAUUGGAAGAAAUCCUCAUCUGCCUUUCAGCAUCAUGCCCUGCAGUGUGGAGAGCACAUUCGAUCCCUCAAAACAAAUACAGAUUCCCUGCCACCAACUAUGCCAGUAGUCUCUCUUCCACUAAUGCUGCCAGUGCUUCACCCAAAUGUUCCUCUGAAAAAGAGGAUGAGAAAAGAUGAAGUGCCUCAGUCAAAUGUAGCUGAGGUGUUAAAUUUCAAUAAAUCUCAUUCUGUAAAGGAUGAGUAUGAUUCUGAAGAGGAAUUGCUGAUGAAUGGAGAUGAGUCUCUCCCAGGAAUCGAGAGUAACCACAGCUGCCAACCAAUCUCUUCUGCUGGAUCAGAUGCAAAGGGAGCAGAACCAUAUGAGGAGGUUGACUAUGAAGAUGAGCAAGAAAAUGGCAAGGAGAAUCGGGCUGAGAGAGGAAAUUCACCAAAUGGUUCAGAAAGCAAGCAUGAGGAUAUUCCUAUCCCAGACAGCUUUGAUUAUCACAGAGAUCCUGUCACAGGCCACGUGGCAGCUGUCCAUGAGGGAGUAAAGGACUUUGUCUGCUCUGAGUGUGGCUUGCAGUUUGCCCGACCAGGUCAGUUGAAAAAGCAUCACCACAAUCGACAUAGCAAUGUGGAUCGUGCCAUCUUCCAGUGUGAAGAAUGUGGUCACCGCUUUAAGACCAAGGUUGGACUAGAAGAUCAUCUAUACAGGAUUCAUAACGUAAAGUUGGAUCACAUGAAGAUCUUCACCUGCCCCGAGUGUGGGAAGCAAUAUACCCGUGAGAAGCCAUACAGAGCUCACAGGAUGGCUCAUGAUGGAAUCAAGCCAUUUAAAUGCCCAGUGGAAGGCUGCAGUUAUGCCUCCAACUUCAAUGGUAAUGUCCGUCUUCAUGCAAAGAAUGUUCACAAAGUCAUGAUUCCAUAUCUGACCAAAUCAGAAGAAACCCUUGCAAAUGAUAGCCCUUCUCAAGUGAAAAUGACCACAUGGCUAACAAGUGCCAGUAGCAAACAUCUCAAAUGCAAGAACUUGCAUGAAUACCUCAGAACACUACCUCAUGAAAUUUUGGAGCAGGUAUACAGAAGUCCAGCAACAUGUUUAGCUGUCUUCAGGGAUCUUCCAAAGCUUGGGAAGCACUUUGUGAUGCGCUUACUCUUUGUGGAGCAGCCAGUGGUCCGAACUGUCAUCUCAUCAUGGGUAUCGCAAAACUUGGUCAAAGAAAUGAUGGAGGCAUUUGAAACUUUGACAGUACUUCGGAUCUGGAGUCCAAUCAAGAAGUCUGUUCAAGAGUUUAUGCUGAAUCCAACAUUCCAGAAGAAUCUUCGAGUCGCACUUCUCAAGAGCAACACAUCGUGGACAUUGUUAGAAAAAGAAGAACCUGAUCCCUACCCAAGGACAGUGGAAUUCCUUGAUAAGUAUGCUAUGGAGAGAUGGGAAUGCAUGCUUCAUUAUAUGGUUGACUGUCAGCAACAGGAGGGGGUGUCUGCAGGGGCAAUUAAAGUUCUCUUGCAUGCUGGACUCAUGAGGCCGAGUGAAACAGAUGGAACACCAGCCAUCACAGCUGAUGGAUUCCAGUUUCUGUUGCUGGAUACCCCAUCACAAGUUUGGUACUUCAUGUUGGAGUAUCUUGGAACCCUGGAAGCCCGGGGAAUGAACCUGACAGAAUGCCUCAAUUUUCUCUUCCAGCUCAGCUUUUCCACAUUGGGCAUGGAUUACAGCACUGAUGGUUUAAGUGAAACCACUUUAGGUUUUCUUCAACACUUGCGUGAAUUUGGCCUUGUCUACCAGAGAAAGAGAAGUUCUGGUCGCUUUUAUCCAACUCGCUUGGCUCUCAACAUUGCUCGUGGCCAUAACAAAGUCAUUGGAGAUGGACAUCGACCUGGGUACAUCAUGCUGGAGACCAAUUAUCGUGUAUAUGCCUACACAGACUCUGAACUCCAAAUUGCCCUGCUUGGAAUUUUCUCUGAAGUCAUGUGCAGGUUUCCAAACCUGACCGUCUGUGUCCUGACUCGUGAAAGUGUUAGAGAAGCACUAAGGAGUGGCAUAACAGCUGAUCAAAUCCUCAGCUUCCUCAGACUCCAUGCUCAUCCUCAGAUGUUGAAGCAUAACCCUGUGAUUCCUCCUACAAUAGCUGACCAGAUCAGGCUAUGGGAAAUAGAGAGAGAUCGCUUCACAUUCGCAGAAGGAGUGCUGUACAACCACUUCUUGUCUCAGAGUGACUUUGAGCUCCUCAGAAACUACAGUCGGGAUCUUGGAGUGUUGAUCUGGGAUAAUGAGCAAAAGAGGACAAUGGUGGUGACUAGGGUAGGACAUGAUGAUGUGAAGAGGUUUUGGAAGCGACAAAGCCGGGAUAGAUCUGGCCCCAUCAUGACAUGUAACCAGUGUGGGAGCAGUGACAUUGACACUGAUCCCGCACGUGGUGAUGCCGUCUGCACCAAUUGUGGCUCGGUGCUUGAAGAUUCCAUCAUUGUUUCGGAGGUUCUCUUUGAGGAGAAUGCUCAUGGAGGUGCCUCUGCAAUUGGUCAGUUUGUAUCAGCAGAUGGGAAAGCAAAAGGGAAGGGUUUGUCUGGUUUCCAUCCUGGCAUCGGCAAGGAAUCCAGGGAAAUCACCCUUCGCAAUGCACGCCAAAAAAUCAAUCAGCUCUGUCAACAGCUUCGCCUCAACCAACACUGCAUGGAAACAGCUUUCAAUUUCUUCAAAAUGGCACUACAUAGGAGACUCACGCAUGGUCGUCGUAACAAUGUUGUGAUAGCUGCAUGUGUAUACAUCACAUGCAGGACGGAGGGCACUCCACACAUGCUGAUUGAUUUCAGUGAUGCUGUGCAGGCCGACAUAUAUGAUCUUGGGCGGACAUAUAUGAAAUUCUCCAAUGCCUUGCAUAUCAAUAUCCCUGUCCUAGACCCAUGUGUCUAUAUCUUGCGAUUCUGUAAUAAGUUGGACUUUGGUGAUAAGAUGCAUGAAGUCUCAAUGACUGCUGCUCGGCUGGUUCAGCGGAUGAAGCGAGAUUGGCUUCACACUGGUAGGCGUCCUUCAGGCUUGUGUGGUGCAGCAUUGCUGAUUGCAGCACGUCUCCAUGACUUCAAUCGCACAAUAGAGGAUAUUGUGGAAGUAGUAAAGGUAGCUCGUGUCACCAUUAAGAAGAGAUUGGUGGAAUUUGGAGAGACUCCAUCUGGGAACUUGACCCUGGAUGAAUUCAUGACUAUUGACUUGGAGGAAGAACAGGAUCCUCCUUCAUUCAAGGUGGCUCGGUACAAGGACCGCGUCCAGAAAAUGUUGGAUGCCUCAAGCAACAUUGAUCAAGAGUUGCUCCAGCUUCAGAAAGAAAUAGAAAUCAUGCUGGAAGAUAAGCCAAGGAAACGUAAAGGACCAUGGUCCAAAUUUGCACAAGAGCUGGAUGAUGGUGGUGAAAUAGACUUGGAAUCUAUUCAGAACUUUAUGGAAAGUGAGACCAUGAAAACAGUGAGGGAGUGUGUCCUAGGUGGUAAUUCAGAAUUUGAUGGGGAUGAUGAUAGACUUUUGAUGCCUCCCCCACCUCCUGUAUUGAGAGGAUUGGGGCCAUCUGAUGAAAUGCUUGGUAUAGUGAAGCCAGAUAUGGCACAGGCAUCUUCAGAGGAUCCUAUGGCAACAAAAGUCGCACUUGAUGAGGACAAUGAUGCAGGAACUGGGGAACUUAACCUUGAUGGUAUCAAUGACGAGGAGAUUGAUUCAUACAUUUUGAGUCCUAAGGAAGUCAGGUAUAAGCAGUCCUUAUGGCUCAAGCUGAAUGAAGAUUAUCUGAAGGAACAAGAGGAAAAAGCUCGAAAACUUGCAGAAGAAGAGAAGACCAAAGGAGUCAAGAAGAAGAUUAAGAGGAAGAGAAGGAUUCCAAUUCAUGCCUCAUCAGCUGGAGAAGCUAUAGAGAUGAUGCUUCAGGAAAAGAAGAUCUCAACGAAGAUCAACUAUGAUGUUCUUCGAAGUUUAGACGAUUCGAACAAGCGAAUGAAAGCAAUGGAAUUGUCUUCACCUUUUCACACUGAUGCUGGUGAUGGAGGAGGUGGCGAUGAUGCAGUCAAACCAUUGGCUUAUCUCAAAGUAUGAUAGAAAAUAAAAGCCAAGAACUCAGAUUUGUCUACAGUUUAUCCAUAAAAAUAAUAGCUGCCCAUGUGACUGAAGGCAGGGUUGCUUAGACAUGCACG